AUGUCGAAUCUUGCAAAGCUUGAGUUUAUGGCUUUAGACAUCACUGGAAAAAAUUAUUUGUCAUGGGCUUUGGAUGCUGAAAUCCAUCUAAAUGCCAAUAACCUUGGGGAUACAAUUAAAGAAGGAAAUAAAACGAGUACCCAAGAUAAAGCAAAGGCAAUGAUUUUCUUAUGCCACCAUAUUCAUGAGUCAUUGAAAAAUGAAUAUCUCAGUAUCAAAGAUCCAAUCGUCCUAUGGACCAAUUUAAAAGAAAGGAGAUGUUGGAAAAAAACAUUUUCCACCUUUCACGCCUCAAACAUUGUCUUGCAACAACAAUAUCGUGAAAGGGGUUUCACCAAAUACAGUGACUUAAUAUCAUGUUUGCUUGUGGCUGAGCAAAAUAAUAAGCUACUAAUGAAAAACCAUCAAACUCGUUCGGUUGGUACAACUCCAUUCCCAGAAGUGAAUGUGGCAACAUAUAAUGACCAAAGUGGAAGUCACGGACGUGGUCGUGGCUAUCAACGUGGGCGUGGUCAUGGUCGUGGUCGUGGUCAUGGACGUGGUCGUGGACAUACAUAUGGUCGGGGGAAUUAUCAUGGUGUUCAAUUCAAAAACAAAAGAACCCACCAGAAGUUGCAUGAUAAUGAAAAGAAAUCCGAUGAUGAAAGAGGUAAAAAGAAAAGUGGAACCUCAUCGAAUACAUGCUAUCGAUGUGGUGGUAACAACCACUGGGCUGGUACAUGUCGUACAGCCAGACACUUGGUAGAGCUUUACCAACAAUCUAUAAAAGACAAACAAAAAGGAAUAGAGACAAAUUUCUCAUAUGAAGAUGGAAAUGUUGAUGUCCCAAGUGGUGAAAAGGACCAUACUAAUGCAACUAAUCUGGAUUAUGAUGAUUUCCUUAUCGAGCAAGCUAGUUUGGAUUCUGGUGAUAUCGUGGCUGAUACAAACCAGUUGGAUGCUUGCAAUUUUCCCUACGCGUGA